CCGCUCAGACUGGAGGCAGGUUGAUUAUUGGGAACCACCGGCUAGGAUAGACAAUGAUGAGGCGGUGAAGUACUGCUAAUGAGAGUGUAUUUCGCGUGUAUCCUGUCAGAUUUAUAUAAACACUUUACGACGACUUGUGCAAAAAAAAAUGACGACGACCACGACAUAUCAAGGGAUGGAGCCCGGUUCUAAAAGCAGUUCCAGGGUUUUGCGCCCUCCUGGUGGUGGCUCCAACAUUUCACUUGGUGCAGAUGAGGAGAAGCCUCCUGUCCGGAAAAACAAGAUGGCCUCCAGCGUUUUCGCUGAGCCAGAGGACCCCUAUGCUAAUCGAAGGAACAACCCGCCAGGUGGGAAGCCCACAGGUGUGCUGUGUGGUGAGUCGUCAGCCCCUCUGAGGAGAGGGGGGAACUCGACCACCAACAACUCUGCAGACGCCCCCACCACAGAUGGAGAAAAUUCUAUACGCGAUAAUGUAUACAGCGCUCCUGAGCCUGAAGCAGUUCCAGGGCCGCAAGAGGAGGCCCCACCAGCUGAGGAGUCCGCUGCAGGACUACCGUCCGGCCGCAGGAAUCCCCCCGGUGGCAAGUCCAGCCUCAUCCUGGGUUGAAUCCCAACCAACUACCCCUCCUAACAUCCACUCAUCUCUGAACUCAUCUUAUUUUAUUUUUUUCUUCAAACAAGGAACCCGGCCCAUAUGUCUGUACCACAGGAAUCCUAUCUGAUGUCGAACAGACACCAGACUCCUCCACAACCCCAAGUGCAUUGUUUUGAUACCUCUUUUUUGAAAACUGUUUUGUACUGUUUUUAUUGUUUAUUUGUUUGUUUUUGACAGAAGCACUUUAUGUAUUUCUAAUUACAUGGUUCAAAGUCUGCCUUUGUCCCUGUAAUGCAUUAGACCUGCUAGGAAGGGUACAAAGAUCACAUUUCUCAUAUCUCCCCAACUUCAAUGUGACAGCACAAACUGUAGGUGAUUACACAUGACCAGUUUCUAAAACACAAGUAAAGAAAAAUGCUGUCGCUUUUGCACUGUGUUCAGUUUUGACCCAUCUUGCAUGCACGUCUGGUCUGUAAUGUAUGAAUGUGAGAAGGAACAUAACUGUGAAGUUUUUUUAAUUUAACUUUGUUUGUUGUUUUUUGUGGAAUAAUUGUUGUAUUGUUGCAUGAAGUUGGAAUCUUUCUACUGAUUAUAUUAUUAUUAUAAACAUAGGAGCCAAAUAGGAGCCACAUAAGUUACUGUCAUUGUGAUCUGAAGGAUUACAAACAUUUGUCUUCAGAUGAGUACUGUAGGUCCCAUGUCAUGUAAACAAAUUGGAAUAAGGCUUUUUUAUAUUGUGGUCACCAACCUUAGAUUAUUGUAACCCCAGUGCCGGUUUUGAGUGCCCUGUGUUUUUAUAGUUAAAAUUUCCUCAACAAUAAAGUAUGCCUGUUUGUGUGUUAGGCUACAACAUCAAACAAGGUUGGGUUUUCCCUAUUACAUCCUACCAGUAACACCAAUACGUAGUUUUCCCAUUGCAGGUUAAUAGAAUGUUGUUGAUCCUGACACUUGAGUGUUUUUGGUAAACCCAUCCUAGAUUUGAAAAGUGACCUUAUAACUGCUCAGCCUUUUUUCUCCUAUGUUUUACCCUCUUUUCCACCUUUUAAUGAUCAUGCUCGCUGGAAAUGUAGAACAGUUUUUGUUUUUUUUUGUACAUUUCAUGUCACAUUAUUUAAACCAAAAUACAACCUCCCUCCUGCUUCUGUCUUGUUGAGUCCCAUGUGUGGCUGCUGUGUCAGCCAGCUGUCAUGCACCAGAGCCUACAUUUCCGGGACAUGAAAUGUAACUCUUGUGGUGUCUAUUUUUAACAUGCGUUAUGAUGCAAGACGAUUCUGUUUGCAUCCUAUACCAAUUCCUGUUGCUGGAUGUAAGUCACUGCAGAAAUUUGAAGUAAAGAAAUGGCACAAGUGGAAAUGAACAUUAAAAAUCAAGUUUGACCGUU